AUUCCUUCCUCCUGGCCAUAUUCCUCCACUACCUGCAGCAGCUCGUAUGCCUCCAAGCCCAGUAGUAAAUGUUCAACCAGGAGCAACAGUUUGCAUGAAAGAAGAGAAAAAAGAGGCUUCUGUUGGAAACUCGAUCCCAACAGUUGUGUCUGGGUCAAGGAUAAGUACAGAAACUUCUGAAAACAAAGUAUUUGGCAGUACCCCUCCUAUUGGAGAUCCUAAUGUACCAUCUUCCUCAGCACCACCUGUCUCACUUAUUGGUGCUACACCUGGAACUACAGCACCUGGUCCAGUACUUGGUCUACAGCUACCGUCUACAGGCCUUCUUGGUGCACGUCCUGGUUUAAUACCUCUCCAACAUCCUCCAGUUCCACCCCCACCUUUGCCUAGAUUUCCCUUGAUGCCACCAAGGCCAGGUAUGCCUUUGCCUCCACCAAUACUCCUCAGAGGUCCACCACCUGGACCAGGAGGCUUUGCAUUGCCACCUCCUCAUGGGAUUCAAGGACCAUUUUCACCUCAUAUUCCUUUUACCAGACCUGGGAUGCCAGCAGGAGGUCCUGGGGGGCCUGAAGGACAUGGAGAACAUGAAGGACCAAUAGGUCAAGGGUCUGGGGGACCUGGACCCCAAGGGCAAAGGAUGCCAGGAAGUCAGGGACCAGGGGGCCCUGGAAGUUUUGGAGCAGGAGGGCCUGGAGGUCAUGGCCCAGUGAGUUCUACGGGUGUCAUGCCAGGUGGUCCUGGAGGCCAUAUGCCAUCAGGACCAGGAAGCCAUGGGUCUGCUGGACCUCCAGGUCAUGGGCCUGCUGGACCUCCAGGUCAUGGGCCUGCUGGACCUCCAGGUCAUGGGCCUGCUGGACCUCCAGGUCAUGGGCCUGGCGGACCACCAGGUCAUGGACCUGGCGGACCACCAGGUCACGGGCCUGGCGGACCACCGGGACAUGGACCUGGCGGACCACUGGGACAUGGGCCUGGCGGACCACCGGGUCAUGGGCCUGGCGCACCACCGGGUCAUGGUCCUGGCGCACCACAGGGUCAUGGUCCUGGCGCACCACCGGGUCAUGGGCCUGGCGCACCACCGGGUCACGGGCCUGGCGCACCACCGGGUCACGGGCCUGGCGGACCUGUAGGCCAUGGCCCUGGGGGACCUAUAGGCCAUGGCCCUGGGGGACCUGUAGGCAUUGGACCUGGGGGACCUACAGGCAUUGGACCUGGGGGACCUGGAGGUUUUGGGCCUGGUGGACCAGUCAUUCAUGGGCCAGGUGGCCAUGGUGAAAGGGGACCUGGUGGACAUGGUGAAAGGGGACCUGGUGGCCAUGGACCACCUGGAGGGCAGGGCAGCCAUGGGCCUGGGGUACUUGGAGGUCAUGGACCAGGGGGACCCACUAUUCAUGAGCAGGGGGGACCUAGCAGCCAUGGGCCAGGUGGACCUGGAGGGUAUGGACCAGGUGGGCGUGGUGGCCAUGGUCCAGGUGGACUGGGAGGUCGUGGACUUGGAGGACCUGGGGGUCGUGGACAGGGAGGACUUCUUGGUGAUGGCCCUGGGAGACCUGGAAGCCACGGGCCAGGGGGACUCUUAGGCGAUGGUCCUGGAGGUCAUGGCCCUGCCGGGCUUUUAGGCGAUGGUCCUGGGGGACAUGGGCAUGGCCCUGGCGGGCUUUUAGGUGACGGUCCUGGGGGACAUGGGGGGCAUGGCCCUGGUGGGCUUUUAGGUGACAGUCCUGGGGGGCAUGGCCCUAGUGGGCUUUUAGGUGAUGGUCCUGGGGGGCAUGCAGGACGUGGCCCAGGAGGGCUUUUAGGUGACGGUCCUGGGGGACAUGGCCCAGGAGGGCUUUUAGGUGAUGGUCCUGGGGGACAUGGCCCAGGAGGGCGUUUAGGUGACGGUCCUGGGGGACAUGGCCCAGGAGGGCGUUUAGGUGACGGUCCUGGGGGACAUGGCCCAGGAGGACUUUUAGGUGACGGUCCUAGGGAACAUGGCCCAGGAGGGCUUUUAGGUGAUGGUCCUGGAGGACAUGGGGGACAUGGCCCUGGAGGACUUUUAGGCGAUGGUCCUGGAGGUCAUGGCCCAGGAGGGCUUUUAGGUGAUGGUCCUGGAGGACAUGGGGGACAUGGCCCAGGAGGGAUUUUAGGCGAUGGUCCAGGAAGACACGGGGGUCAUGGCCCUGGAGGGCUUUUAGGUGAUGGUCCUGGGGGACUUCUAGGUGAUGGCCCUAGAGGACUCGGGGGUCAUGGCCCUGGAGGGCGUUUGGGUGAAGGUCCUGGAGGACAUGGUCCUGGUCCUGGAGGACGUUUGAGUGAUGGCCCUGGGGGACUUCUUGGUGAUGGCCCAGGACUUUUAGGAGAUGGGCCUGGAGGACAUGAUUCAGGGGGACUUUUAGGUGAUGGACAUGGGAGACAUGGUCCUGGGGGACUCCUAGGUGAUGCUCCAGGUGAACCAGGAGGACGUGGACCAGGUGGGCAGUCAGGACGUGGACCAGGAGGUCGUGGGCCAGAAAGCCGUGGACCUGGAGGUCGUGCUUCUGGAGGCAGAGAGUCAGGAGGUCCUGGUGGGCGUGGGCCAAGUGGACGUGGAGGGCGUGAUUCUGGAGGUUCUGAAGACAGAGAAGGAAGAUAUUUUAGGGGAGAUCGACCUGGAUAUACACCUGGUAGAGAUCGUGAUCAGGACAGAUAUGGAAGAAGGUCCUUUAGCAGUCGUAAUGAAAAUGACAGCCGUGACCAUUACAGUAACCGCCAUGAUGAUAGAGAACGUGAACGUUCUAGUACUCGGGACAGGAGAGAAUGGGGAAGAAGAAGCCCAGAUUAUGACAGACACCGAGACUCUGAUGAAAGAAGCAGAUGGUCAAGUGGCCAUCGAGAUAGGGAGCGGGAUUCAAGGGACAGAGAAUCUCGCAGAGACAAAGAUGAACAUCGAGGAAGAGAAAAAUCUGAGAGAGAAAAACCUGAAUCUUCAAGUUCAGAAAGCAGUGAUAGAAACCAUAAAUCUGAUAGUAAACCUGUGACAAAAACAGACAUUAUGUCAGAACCUGUUAAACAGGCUUCUGAAUCUGCAAGCUUGAAACCUGCUAAAGAGUCAUCAUCCGAGCCUACCAUAACUGAAGAACCUGAAAAAAAUUCUGGGUCAUCAGAAGAGGCUCAGAAAUAGAGACUUUGAAUACAUGCUAGAAUUUGGUCAUGAAAGUUUGUUUAAACCUACUUGGUCAAAAAUAUAGAGCUCUAGAACUGUACAAAGUGCUGUAUAUUGCUUCGUCUGUACCACAACCCAUUUGUAGUUUGUUUUCCUGGUGGGAAUCAUCAAAAAAACGUUUUUCCUCCGUAUUUAAAAUAGUUACAGAAAAUUAACUGCAGUGCUGAAAAUGUGUAUAUGAAAUGAGAAAUACCUUUUUUGGUGCAACACUUUUGUAAAGGUUUUACUUUAAAAGGUUUGCAAGUCAUACAUAUAGCUUCUGGUUCUUUAAUUUAAAGGAAAAGGGUAGCAGUUAAAACUCCCAUCAAACAGUUCAGCUUUAGGGUUGUGUUUUUAAUAAACUUUAUUUUCAUAACAAAAAGCAAUGUGUGAUAUUAUUCCUAUGUUAGACUAAAGCAGCAGAAGCCAGAAAAAGUUCAGCAUUCUAAGCUUGAACUGACUAGUUCUGUAUUGCGUCUAAAUUAGACGACCUUGUUAAUAUUUGUUCUAAAAAUUAUGUAUGUUUGUGUAAUCUCUGAGGAAAUAUUUUCAUUUGUAUUGUUUUUUUCAUGGAUUACUGAAGUGGAAUUCAUCACCUCUAAGUAAUACUUUGCAAUGGUUUUAAAUUGUUAUCUUAAAAAUUUAUGGUUGAAAAAAUACAGUUACCAUUUCUUCUCUUGUUUGAUUGUGAUCUUACUGAAAUGAAAACUGUAAAGAAAAAUUGAGUUUUGAAAAAACUGGAUAAAAAUAUUGCUUUGCUUUUUUGUGCUCUUAUCUAAAUUUCAGUAUCGGUAUAUUGUGGGAGGUAGGUCUUUUUCUUAAUCUGUUAGAAAUUCUAGUAAAUGAUCGGUGCCUUAUGAUGCCACUUUAAGCUGCUGAUCAAGCUUGUAAAAUUUUAAAUAAUGCCUCCUGCUUAUGUUUGGUUGUCUGUCUUUCCAUGUUACCCAGUGUGUGGGAUUAAUGUUUGCAUAUUAAAUGCAGUUUUCACAGAA